ACGACACUUACAGCCUAAGCCGGUCCCCCACCACUCAACCGUCGAUACCACGGCUGAUCGACGUGUACAAACAGCAACCGUUUAUUUCAAAAAAGGCGAUUUUGAUUCAGUGGUCCUUAAUUGUUAAUGCGCCAGCAAAAUACGAAAAGAGGAAAUUAGAGAGAGAGAGAAAGAGAGCUGGAGAAUCUCGUCAAUGGCGGACUGAGACUUUCUACCAUAGUAGCCACCAGUCAAAUCAAAGGAGGCGAUGGAGAGAAUAUUGUAAAGGAAGGAAUAAAGUUUAGGUGGAAGAUACGAAUCGGAGUUAUACUAUUUGUGGUUCGGGUUUUAGAGUUGGGAUUAGGGUUGAAAAAAUCGGAAAGAAUGGAUGAGAUUAGAGGAGUGCCUACGUGGCAGGAAGAGCUCGCGAGUCUCGUCGACGCUGGGUUACGAUACGACGGAGCGCCGAUCGAUUUAACGGCGGCUACUGAAUCCACCUCAAAGAGAUCGGGUUACUUGGACGGAUCCGGAUCGGAGGCUAGGGAGACGUUGAAAGAUCAGGUGGCGGGGUUUAUGAAAUCGUGGGGAGAGAUGCUCCUCCACCUCGCCAAAGGAUGCAAGGACAUCGUGGAGCAGACGGUGGUCACCGAGGACUCGUUCGUCGUGCGUAAGCUGGCGAAACCGGCGGCGAAAGUGUCGGAGAAGCUCAGCUUCAUGAACGAGUACUUGCCGGAGGAUCGCGAUCCGGCUCACGCGUGGCCUGUGAUCUUCUUCGUCUUCCUCUUAGCUCUCGCAGCAUUAAGCUUUAGCCCGGAGCAGGAUAGAGCAGUGACUGUGAUUACGAAACUGCGUUUGCAUCCCACCAAUGCGGCUCGUGUACAGCUUCCUGAUGGUAGAUACUUAGCUUACCAAGAGCUUGGUGUUCCAGCAGAAAGAGCGAGAUACUCUUUACUUACUCCUCAUUCUUUUCUCUCCUCUCGACUUGCAGGCAUACCUGGACUGAAGAAGUCACUGCUUGUGGAGUAUGGUGUCCGUUUAGUUUCGUAUGAUCUUCCAGGUUUUGGAGAGAGUGAUCCUCACCGAGGUCGAAACCUUAGCUCAUCUGCCUCGGAUUUGAUUAACCUUGCGGCUGCCAUCGGAAUUGAUGAGAAGUUCUGGUUACUCGGUUACUCUACUGGUAGUAUGCAUACCUGGGCUGCUAUGAAAUACUUCCCUGACAAAAUUGCAGGAGCUGCAAUGGUGGCUCCGGUGAUCAAUCCUUAUGAGCCAAGCAUGGCCAAGGAAGAGAUGGUGAAAACAUGGGAGCAAUGGUUAACAAAGAGGAAAUUCAUGUACUUUUUAGCUCGCCGGUUUCCAGCUCUUCUCCCUUUCUUCUACCGUAGAUCUUUUCUCUCUGGUAAACUUGAUCAUCUCGAUCAGUGGAUGUCACUAUCAGUAGGAGAAAAGGAUAAGCUUCUACUCAAAGACCCAACUUUCCAAGAAUUUUAUCAAAGGAACGUGGAGGAAUCUGUCCGGCAAGGAAUCACAAAGCCAUUUGUAGAAGAAUCAGUGCUUCAAGUAUCGAGUUGGGGCUUUACUCUUUCCGAGUUCCGCACACAGAAGAAAUGCACAACUAAUGGUGUCCUCUCUUGGCUCAUGUCAAUGUACAGUGAAGCUGAAUGUGAACUAGUCGGGUUUCGAAAACCCAUUCACAUAUGGCAGGGAAUGGAAGAUCGGGUUGCUCCACCAUCUAUGAGUGACUACAUUGGCAGGAUGAUUCCGGAAGCUACUGUACAUAAGAUUCCAAAUGAAGGUCACUUCUCGUUCUUCUAUUUCUGUGAUGAGUGCCACAGACAGAUAUUCUAUGCUUUGUUUGGAGAACCAAAGGGACAGCUCGAGAGAGUAAGAGAAACAAAGGAGACUCUAGUCGAAACAGAGACAGAUAAGGACAGUACUAAUGCUGCUACCACAACCACCAAAGAGUAAAGAAAAGUAAAGAGGUGGAUAACUAUAGAAAAAUGAUAGCUACAUAUUUUUUUUUUGGUUUCGGAUUCUAUAGGGGUUUUUACACCAAAACAGAAUUUCUAUUUUGGAUCACAUUUUACAUUCUAAAAGUAGUGGUGAAUGAGAAUCUGUCGAUGGUUUUCUUA